GAAAGGUGCCGUCUUUUGGCAGGCAUUAAACGACCCGCUUCAAACGGUGCACCGUGCGGAAAGGAGCGACCGAACGGAGGUUACAUCAGGCGGAAACGAUUGAAGAACACGCUUUGUAACAACAACGGGGGUGUUCGUGUUGGCAUGGUUGAAUCGCGAAACUCGCUCUCUCCGCGUGUACUGUCGCCGUGCUCCUCGUCGUGACGUGUGUGCUUCGAUGUAACGGAUGCUGAGAAGAAAGCUCGACACCGAAAACUCCUCAAAACGAUCGCCUCAGCCUCAAACAUACUCCGCAAAAGGGGGAACAAAAAGCGUACAUUCGUUCCUCGGUUUCCUUCUAUUGGUUCCCCGGAGCAAAGGGGCCCGAGAAGAACACGUAAUUCAAUUAACCCGUCUGUAACUGUAACUGCAUCGUGCGUUAUUUUGGGAUAAUUGUAUAUGUACAGUGCAAUACGCACACGUUCAUCUGCACUGGAGAUAUUGGGUUGCGGAAAACCAGAUACACACGGUGUGUGGACAGCCACCUCUAGCCCCCCCUUCACCUAGCUCCCCAUCCGUACGCCAGCAUGAAAGGGAUCGAAGCGAAAAUUGUCGUUCUCGGGUCGCAAGGUGUUGGAAAAACGAGUCUGGUCGUGCGGUAUGUUUCGAACGUGUACACCAAGGAAGUAUCGCCCACGAUCGGGGCAUCAUUCUUCACCUGCAAGGUUAACCUAGAAGACAACAAAGUAAAGAUGCAGGUUUGGGAUACGGCGGGACAGGAGCGGUUUAAAGCCAUGGCACCGCUGUACUAUCGCAACGCAAAUGCCGCCUUGCUGGUGUUCGAUCUGACGCAGUACAAUUCCUUCAACGAAAUUAAGGGCUGGGUACAGGAGCUGCAGCGCAAUGUGCAGGAACCGAUGGUACUGUCGCUAGUAGGCAACAAGCUCGACCUGGAAGCGAAACGUGCCGUCUCCCGGGAAGAAGCUAUGCUGUACGCGAACUCGAUCGGUGGCAACUAUUUCGAAACAUCCGCCUUACACGAUCAGGGUAUUGAGCAAGUGUUCAUAUCGAUAGCAGUAGGAUUAAUUAAGCUCUCCGGCAAAGACGUGUGCUCAUCUCUUAAGCGAUACGAAUCGAACGAUUCCCUCGUGUUGUCCGGCUAUUCGACGCGUGUUAAUGGUGUCGUGCAGAUGGGCAUUCCGGUGGAAAAUGACAGUAUAUUAAGUGACGGUAUGGGCAGACUGGAGACACCAUCCUGGAGCCGGGACCAUAUAGCGCACGGUGACGAGCAGCGUGUUGGUUGGUGCUGCUAUUAGAACACCGGACGGUCUCGUUCAUUUUUGACAAGUAUUUGUUCGGUUCUCAUUCACUCCUCCCUGAUUGUCCCUUUAUAAAUAACACCUGGAAACGAACACAAAUGACGCGCGCCCACGGAUCCUAGAAUGGGUCGAUUUCGAGAGAUUUGUGAUAGCUUUUUAUAUUUAUAUACAUAUACACACACACGUACACACAUACAAGAAUGUCCCCAAAACCAAGGGUUUGUGCUGAUGAUGUUUGAGAAGAUUGGGUGAUGAUGACCUUACGCUUUGUAAACUGUAUAUGCGAGAUAUAGGGAAACUAUUUCGAUUCACCACCCUCCCACGCAACGAUUGGUGAUAAGAAAAUUGCUUUUGCUCAAAAAGAAACAAUAUGGUGACACGUGUUAGAGUUGCAAGGGGAGUUGAUUUCGCUUAUCGGUAAGACAUUGUCACAUUGCCUUUUUGUUCAGCGAUGGAGCUAGGGGAUUUUUGAGUUCCGAGCAGAAAGACAGUUUCAAGUACGAACAGUACAGAACUCUACACACAGAUUUGGGGUCUUUGACUCGUUUCGAGGGCAUUUGUAUAACGCGGAGUAGGAUAUGUAGGAUGCGUGAGGUAUCUCUUUUGCUGCAAGCUUAGCGACCACCGUGACACCCCAAGUAUAAGAUGAUCUCUUCCAGCAGCCGAUGUGACAGAUGUGAUCGAUUACAUCUGCUGACCUAAAGAAACGUCGGACUUCGAGUCAGAUUGGAAGUAUACAUUUAGAGUAAAUACAUUCACACGCUCAUGCGGCCACACGUGCGCUCGUAUCUAUUUAUUUAGAACCAAAGUCAAUUACUUUCGAUCGGCAUCUUCUCCCACAGAUUGUUGACGAGUGUAUAUCAUGCUUACAUUUUUGCAUUAUCCAGUUGUGUGGCUCGUCGCGAGAUUUAUCGUUUGUCUUCAUUUUUAAAUAAACUAUUUACGAAGAGCUGU